GUCCUCUGCUGGAACCUGCUCUGCCCCGUGCUUCGGCUCUCCUCGGCCUUGGCAGGACACACAGCCUGGGCUGUCCCCACCCUGCACACUGACAGGGACAUGGUGUGGGGACACCAGUGUGACACUGAACCCCGCCACGACCCUCGCUCUCAGCAGCGGCUGCGAGAGGGGCAGCACGAGCCGCUGCGGCAGGACCGGCCCGGGCAGGGGAUGCUCAUCUUGAUGGGCCGCAUUCCUCCACACAAAGGUCCUCCGAUUUGUCCCAUUAGUGCCGUCAUUAAAAUCCAGUUAGUCUCCUACGGAGAGCAAAUGCAGCCCAGCCGAGGCCCUGGCAAGGGGCUGGUGGCCCCAGACCCCCGUUUCCCCUGCCAGCCCUAGGGGUGCCUGGUGAGCCGUCCUGCCUCCCGCUUGUGUACUGGGGCUAAUUGAUGCAGGGGGCCCGGGAGCCGGGCUUCUCACCUUGUUAGCAUGGCAAUUAACUCUCUUUACCCUCCUGAUUGCUCCUGUGCAUAUUUCACUCCAGUCCAGCUUUCCAGUGAGUUAUAAAUGCAGCACCAGGGAGGCCGGGGCAGUUGUGCAGGGACAGCGAGCACAGAGCCAUGCUGCGGACUGUCCUGCUGCUGCUCGCCCUGGCCAAGACGGCAUGUCCGAGCCCAGCCAGCGUGGCGAGCCGGCGGGCUGAGGCGCUGAAAAAACUCCUGGAAGUCUUUGGCAUGGAAGACCCGCCGGCACCCCCAACUCAAUUCAAGCAGCCGCCCCAGUACAUGGUGGAUCUAUUCAACACUGUCGCCAACGCGGAUGGUGUCACCAAGAACCCUGACAUCCUGGAGGGCAACACCGUCCGCAGCUUCCUGGACAAAACUCACAGCGAGGAGAUGCGGUUCCUGUUCGUCCUCUCUAGCGUGGCCAAGAACGAGAAGAUCCUGACGGCAGAGCUGCACCUCUUCCGCCUCUGGCCGAGGGUCACAGAUGGGCCCAAAAGGCACCACUUCUGCCAGGUCAGUGUGUACCAGGUGCUGGAGAAAGACAAGCCAGACGCCCCUGGAGGGAAGAAGCUGCUGGCAGCACGGCUUGUCUCACUGCAGACCUCGGGCUGGGAGGUCUUUGCCAUCACGCCAGCUGUUCGCGACUGGACCGAAGAUGAAAGCAGCAACCAUGGUUUGCUGGUGACAGUCCAGAGUCUGGGGGGGAGCCCACUCGACCCCCCACCACUGCAGUUUGCAUCUGGCCAGGGCCACCAUGAGAGCAAGAAGCCCAUGUUGGUCCUUUUCACGGACGAUGGGCGCCGCGGAGCGUCGCUGCCCACAGCCGGCUUCCCAGAUUUAAAGCCUCAAGGCCCUGAUCUCCCGGUGCCCAAGCUGGGCAGGUCACGCAGUACACGCUCGCUGAACCGGUUCCAGCCCUGCCGGAGGCAUUCCUUGUCCGUGGACUUCGAGGAGAUUGGCUGGUCUGGCUGGAUCAUCUCACCGCCGGGGUACAACGCCUUCCACUGCAAAGGCUCCUGCCCCUUCCCUCUGGGAGAGAACAUGCGGCCGACGAACCAUGCCACAGUGCAGUCCAUCAUCAACGCCCUGAAGCUGAGCGAGGGUGUCAGCAGCCCCUGCUGUGUGCCCGACAAGCUCCACUCCAUCAACCUCCUCUACUUCGAUGAUGACGAGAACGUGGUCCUCAAGCAGUACGAUGACAUGGUGGCUGGGAGCUGCGGCUGCCACUGAGGCAGGAGGAGCAGGGGCUGGAAACACCGCUGCAGUGGGACUGCACCCACUCCCUCCAGAGCAUCAGUGGGGUCUCUGUCCCACAAAUCCUCUGAAAGAGACUGGGACAAGCAAAGCAAGGGUGUGCUGGGUCUGCUUAGGUUGGUGUCACCCCCUGACAGGGCCAGCCAAGGAAGGCUCAGGGCCAAGCCCUGAUUAAACCAAGCCGA